GAUUUAUUUUCUGUUUUUGAUGGUACGUGUAUUGUCUUAACAUUUUUGUUUAAUUGGAUGAGACUUUCAAUAAAUGAUUCUUUCUUCUUCUUGUCUUUUUUAAGUAAUUGGCAUUUGUAAAUUGAUUGUCUUGAUGGGAUAUCUUUGAUUUUUUAUGUGAAUUGAUGAUGGGGUCUAUCUAUCUGUGGUAAAAUGAAAUUUGUUUCUGGAAAAACUCAAAAGCUUAUAUACUUGGUAAUGAAAACACACUUUAAUGCUUUUCUGCUAUGAUUUGAACUGUGUUAACCAGGGAUUGAAUGAUUAAAGGAAACUCCUUAAUUUUUUAAAUGACUUCAUUUUUGUUAUUAUAUUGGAAGAGAGUUUAUUAUGUCAUGAUUUUUAAGAAUUUAUAAAAAUUCUAAUAUCUACUCAAUCACGAAAACUCAUUGCAGCAGUUAGUUUUUGUGUUCUUAGCUUAUAUAAGAAAGUUGGGCGCCAGUACUAUACGAACAACGUUUUUCAGAGAGGGAAAGGUAGCCUUCUCUUCCAUUCAAGAAGCACUAAUGUUGCAAGUAAUGAUCUCAUCAGCAAUGUAUUUGGUGGAGUCAGUGUACGAUCCUAUUCGAUGGUUGUGCUGGUAGAUGAUGAGAAUAGAGAAAAUGAAGGAGAUAUAAUAAUGGCUGCGUCAAAGGUUACUACAGAGGCUAUGGCUUUCAUUGUGAAACACUGGACUGGAAUUGUUUGUGCAAGUAUGAAAGAGGAAGACAUGCAGAGAUUGCAUCUUCGAUUGAUGGUAACUCAAAAGGAGAAUGAGGAAAAACUUUCAACUGCAUUCACCAUUUCGAUGGGUGAUAUUGGAGAUGGACUUGAUAUUCUUGUUAGAGUACACUCAGAAUGUCUCACAGGAGACAUAUUUGGAUCGGCCAAAUGUGACUGUGGGAACCAGCUAGUGCUUGAAAUGCAGCAGAUUGAGGAUGCUGGCUGAGGUGUCUUAAUUUACCUCCGCGGUCACGAGGGAAGGGAAAUUGGAUUGAGUCACAAGCUUCAUGCAUACAAAUUGCAAGAUGCUGGACAUGACAUGGUUGAAGCAAGUGAGAAGUUGGGGUUGCCUGUUGAUUCAAGAGAAUAUGGGAUUGUGCA